AUGCCGGAGAUUAGAGUCGGACACACGUACAUACGGGUUGGCAGAGCCAUAAGAUAUCUCGGCAUCAUCCUCGACAGUAGAUGGAAGUUCCACGACCACUUCCGAUUCGUGGGCGAUAAAGCGAUGAGGAUAGCUCAAGCCUUGGGACGGCUUAUGCCCAACCUCCGUGGACCUAGUGAGGGGAAGAGGAGGCUGUACGCGACUGCUGUCUUGUCGGUCGUCUUGUAUGGUGCGCCCGUCUGGCAUGAUGUUUUGGCGGUGAAUAUCUCAUUGGCCCGUAGGGGUCAGGCGCCUAUUCUAAGGGUGCAACGUUUCGUUGCUAUCCGCGUAAUAGCAGGUUACAGAUCCGUAUCGUUGGAGGCUGCUGCCUUGCUGGCGCUCAUCCCUCCGCUCUACCUGCUGGCGGCCUUCUACAGCAGGACGUAUGAGCGAAUUAGGGAACUCAAGAUGUAUGGCAUAUGGACGCCCGUGGAUGAGCAAGAAAUAAGGACGGGUGAAAGGCUCCUCCUGUAUAGACAAUGGGAGGUUCAUCUUCGACAGAGGAGACUGUCAGGUACGCGGGUUCGUGAGGCCGUCAGUCCGAACUUCUGGGAGUGGAUCGAGCGGCAUCGAAAUAGGGGUCUGAGUUCCACGUGA